UCGGGAGGAGUUAAGUUACGGCUGAAGAGCAGGCGGAGCGAAACUCCCGGCCGACCUCACUCCUGGCAUUCAACCAAACUUGGGGAGAACCAACCCGAUCCCAGCAUGAUGCAAAUAUCUCAGGGUAUGCUUGGCACCCCGUGGCAUCAGUCCUACCACUCCAGCAGCUCUGCCUCCGAUCUCUCUGCCUACGAGCAUGGCUAUCUGAGGAGAAGUCCCGACCAGUACAGUUCCCGGGGCAGCAUGGAGAGCUUGGACCACUCCUCCCCCGGCUACCACCCUUGUCACCUGUCCCCGGCCAAAUCCACCAACAGCAUCGACCAGCUCUCCCACCUCCACAGCAAGAGAGACUCUGCCUACAGCUCCUUCUCCACCAACUCCAGCAUCCCCGAGUACCCCGCUCCUCUGUUCAGCAAGGAGCACUCCUGCUCCACGGACAGCACGCACUCCCGAGGCGGCCUGCAGGAGGGGAUGAGGCAAGCUGACAUCAGGUACGUCAAGACUGUCUACGACGCCCAGCGAGGAAUCUCCAAGGAGUACGAGGUGAAGUCCUCUGCUUUGCUUCCGAGCUGCGAGGCGCAGGCCUCGCUGGACGGUCGCAGCCACAGCAGGCUCCACGGCUUCACCCGGCACAACGCAGCUCCCUCCUGGGCACAGCCAGGCCAAGGCUCCUCAGACAGCAAGAGCCAGUCCUCCAAGGGACCUCCGUUGCCUCCUGCUCGCAGCGACAGCUACGCAGCCAUCAGGCAUCACGAGAGGCCCAGCUCGUGCGCCGGCCUUGAUCUGAACAAGCUUGGUCGAACCCAGCCAAAAGGAGCUUGGCCUCUGCUGGUCAGCACCCUCCCGCAGGGGCCGCUGCUGAAAACCCCCUUUGGGGAAGGACAUCUGCACACCGUGGUGGAGAAGAGCCCGGAGAGCAGCCCCACUGUGAAGCCCAAGCAGAGCUAUUCCCAGUCAGCCCAGCCGGGACAGCCCCUGCUCCCUACUGGUGUCUACCCAGUACCUUCCCCAGAGCCGCACUACGCCCAGGUGCCCCAGCCUUCUGCGAGCAAUAAUGGGACACUUUAUCCAGCCCUGGCCAAAGAAAGUGGGUACUCUCCACCUCUCCCAGUCUCCUACGACAAGGCCGUAGCCAGCAGCACCCUGGGCUUUGAUGAGAACGGAAGCCAAAGCACUGCAAACAGAUCAACCAUCUUCUACCAGCCCCCAGCUGCUGAGAGAAAGCACGAUGCUGCAGCAAAGCUUCUCCACCAAAAACCUUCUAGCACGGCAAGCCCAGAAGUCUGCCUGACUACGGCAAGAAAGGAGGAGUUGUUACCCCCUUACAAGGUAGCACACAGCAACCGAGAGACCGCAAGUACCACACAGGCCUCCAAACACAGUUUUCAAGCUCCACAGCCGCAGCCGAGGGAUGCCAGUGAGAGAAGAACCCAUUACCAGCCCAAAGAGGACUGGACAGCCAAAUCCCAGGAGGAUAAAAACGGUAAUGCACAGAUAAAUGAGAGAGACGCUGCUGCUCAUCACCAGUGGGGCCAUGGCACAACCAAGCAGUACGGCUUCUCCUCCUUGCAGAACAUCCCAGAGAGCUCCAGGAGGCAAAGCAGCUCCGAGCUUAAGGAGAUGCCACCAGGUGAGGGUUAUUCCAGCACCAAACUGUCCUUCUUGAACAGCAGCGGCAAAGAGGAGAAGGACCACAGGGGGCAGGGGCCCAAGCAGUGGAGUGGGGUAGACCCCCAGGCUUUUGGGAGGCAGGAGGAGGAGGACAUGAACGUGGGCCCAUUCCAUGCUGCCGAACCAAAGAGCGAAGAUCCCCCCUCUCCACAGCACCCAAAGACCUCUGAUUUUGGGAGGAGCAGGCUCAGCUCUAGCAGCACCCAAAGCUUUCCCUCCGGCAAACCAGACCCCAGCAAACCCCGCUGCUCGGUGCUGGAGAAGGUCACAAAGUUUGAGCAGCGAGAGCAAAGCACUCACCGGCCCCAGAGCGCUGGGGUUCCCAGUUUCGGCCAGCACUACGGGCCCAGCAGGACGAGCCAGCCCUCCAGCACAAGGUGCUCUCUGAACAGCAUGGAGGACACACGGGGCAAGCAGCACCCUGAGCCAGGCAGGGUCUCCAGCCCCUCCGUCAGGAACGGGAAGCUGGAAGAGGCUGACUGGCGCCCUGUGGAGCUGCAGAUGGUGGCUUCGGCGAAGCAGGCAAGACCCAGCGAAUAUUACAGCUUGUGUCCUGAAAAUGAGGUGCAAAUAAGGGCAGCUCAGCUACCGAGGAGUAAAAGCACGUUCCAGCUGGGAGGGGAGCCUGAGAAGGAGCUCCUCUGGAAGGAUCACGUCCAGGAUGCCCAUGGGUCGCAGCUGGACACCCCAUUCAACAGGGCCUACAGGAACAGCAUCAAAGAUGCUCAGUCCCGGGUGCUGAGGGCCACUUCUUUCCGGCGCAUCAGCCCCCCGUUUGGGAACACGCCCAGGAGGACGACCCAGAGGCCUGCCUCAGCCCACGUGGGCCUGAGGAGCACGGCAGCAUCUCCCCACACGCCGAAGGAGCGGCACAGCGUGACGCCGACAGAAAGCAGCCCCUCCGCCCCGGACUACGCCAAGACGCAGCACAUCUCGCGCAUCGGGGGCCGAAAGCGGCUGACGGCAGAGCAGAAGAAGCGGUCGUACUCGGAGCCGGAGAAGAUGAACGAGGUGGGCAUCUCCGAUGGGGAGCCAUCGCCUUUCUCCUUCCAGAAGAAAGGGCUCCAUUUCAUCUUCCCAGAGAAUACGGUGGCUGACCGGCGUAAGAUCUUCGAAAAGGAAGGUAAGACCUCCUCCACGGCCAGCCUCUCCAAGCCGGAGCUCAAGCAGCUCCAGCAGAGCGCCCUCGCCGACUACAUCCAGCGCAAAACGGGGCGCCGGCCGUCCUCGCAGGACCUGGGGCUGCUGAGGGAGCGCUCCCACAGCUCCUACCUGCAGGCAGGCGGCCCCGACAGCCAGAGCCUUUCCUCCGCCUCCAGCAUGAAUUCCCUCCAGGACCAGAACCUGUACCGCCGCAGAGAGUCGGUAGAGAGGAUAUCCAGGACGGGGCGGAUAUCUGCUACCCUCCCUCCCGGACUGAUGGGCUGCUUCGACGUCAGUGGGGAUGAGAAGAAGAAAGGGCGCCAGGACAGCUUGCUCACGAGCCGACCGAAAACGGACAGGUGCUGGGAUUACAGAGCCAAAACGGAGCUCAGCAAGGGCACACAGACAGACCCGCUGGGCGCGCAGGGCCAACCUCGCUACGGGAAGCAGGAGCAGGUCUUUGAAGCACCCCCCAGCACCAGGAAAUCGGGGAAAUCGGUGUCUGUGGAAGACUUGCUCGAUAGGUACGACAAUCAGAGAGUCCCUGUACAUAUCCGCUCCAGAUCGUCUCCCACGGCGGAUAAGAAACACCAGGACCUGCUGAGGAGGGAGAGCAGCGAGUUUGGCCCCAUGGUGAGAGAUCCCUUCUACGUGGUGAGCGCAGGAGCCAGGUCUAUCAGCAAGAAGGAAAGAAGCCACUCAGAAAAAGUGGCCUUCCCGAGUUACUAUCCCCAUCCUCACCACAGCAGCGAGGUUGUCACCAGCUCCACCACGCUGAGCGAGACCCACAAACUCUCAGAGCUUUCCAGGCCGGAUAGCAGGACUUCUGCAUUUGUCCCAUCCCCGACAGAGGCACAGAGUCACCACCCUGAGCAAAAGCAAGGCUUUAAACCCUUGUUCCUUAACCUUACUCCUGCAUCUGGCCAGUCCGCCCCUAACACACCCACCCAGACUCCCUCAGACUUCCAGACUGCGGGCGAUGGCCAGGCUCCGAGGCAGCACCAUGCCAAAAGAGAUGCUGUUCCUCCUGAGGGCAAUGGUAAUGUCCAAGCACAGUCUUCAGAUGCUGUCCAGGACAGAUCCCCUGAGACUCCCACAGAUGAAAUGAUGUGGAGAAGGAAAGCUGGGCUGCUUCACAGAUCCCUCCCACCCAAAGUGGUGUGGGCUCAUUCAGUCAAAGACAACAGCCACCCAAGGGCUGUGGUGUCUCCUCCAGCAGCCAGGCCAACGUUCUCCCAGAGGUGGCAGUCCCUGCCGACACAGAGCAGCACUUCUUCUGACCCCGAGACCCCUUCUCCGCAGGGGACAACCCAUCUCCGGAUCUCGGAGUCAGGCCUACAGCUCACACCACCACCAUUGGGGCAGGAUGAUGAAGAUGAUGAGGUGUUUGUCAUGCCUUCCCAGCCCGGGAGCGUUGCUCCCAGCUUGUCACCCCUACUGCCAUCCCUGAGCUCUUGCACUGCUGCAAACGGCACCGAGGAAUUCCCACCUCCUCCCCCUCCGGCGGCACGUGAGGGGAACGGGGCAGCUGGAGACAAACCCACCCGGCUCACAGAGGAGGCCCAAGUGAGCAGCUCCAAAAGCUUUCCCAAAGCUGUGUCUGAGAGGGAGAUAACAGGCACCAGUAUCGCUGAAAAUAAUUGGUGCCUCUCACUACCUGCGUCAAAGAGGAGCAGCUCUCCAUCUGCUGUGGAUAGGCAGCACCAGUUACCUGCUUGUUCUGAAGGUCCUCAAAGCUCCGACAGACAGCCCACAGCUCACCCUGAAAGCAACCACAGAGAGCCAGCAGUCAUCACUGGAGAGUCGGAAAACGGCAGCCUGGACUCUGGGAUGCUCAGCACAGCACCUCCAGCGAAGGCAAAGACAAAGACCCCCGAGGACAUGAAGUCAGAGGCUCUGGCAAAAGAGAUCAUCCAUAAAGACAAGUCUCUGGCUGAUAUCCUGGACCCAGAUUCCAAAAUGAAGACAACCAUGGACUUAAUGGAAGGGCUUUUCCCCAGCGGAAGGAGCUUGCUGAAGGAGAACAACAUGAGAAGGAGGAUGACGCAGAGGAAAGCUAGCAGGACAGCAGCCGAAGCAGACACGAGAGAAGAAAAGGAAGCUCCCGUAACGCUGGUCCCCUGUCCUGCUUAUUACAGUGUUUCAGCCCCCAAAGCAGAGCUGCUGAAUAAAAUCAAGGACUUGCCAGAAGAAGUCAGUGAGGAAGAGGAGCUGCUGGACAUCAAUGAGAAGAAGGCUGAGCUCAUCGGGAGCUUGACCCACAAACUGGAAAUCCUGAAGGAAGCCAAGGAAGGCCUGCUUGCGGACAUCAAGAUGAAUAACGCUCUGGGAGAAGAGGUGGAGCUGUUGAUCAGCCAGCUAUGCAAACCCAACGAGUUUGACAAAUACAAGAUGUUCAUCGGCGAUUUGGAUAAGGUGGUGAACCUCUUGCUCUCCCUUUCGGGACGCCUGGCCCGCGUAGAGAACGUUUUGAGUAGUCUAGGGGAAAACGCCAACAGCGAGGAGCGGAGCUCGCUGAACGAGAAGAGGAAACUGCUGGCUGGCCAGCACGAAGACGCCCGGGAACUGAAGGAAAACCUCGACCGUCGAGAACGGGUGGUUUUGGAGAUCCUGGGCAACUACCUCUCAGAGGAGCAGCUCCAGGAUUACCAGCACUUUGUCAAGAUGAAGUCCGCGCUCCUUAUAGAGCAGCGAGAGCUGGACGAUAAAAUCAAGCUGGGGCAGGAACAGCUCAAGUGCCUGAUGGAAAGCCUCCCCACAGACUUCACGCCCCGGGACGCGACAGCAGCGGCUGCCCUGGCUGCAGCACUUGCUACCUCUGCUGGGGCCGGUGGUAAAACGCCUCCAGCGGUCUCCUCCUCGCUCUAACCUUUCCCUGGGGUAAAGUCCUCCUGCUCGAGAAUUUGGCAGAUGGUUUUCUACAGUGACAAUGAGCGGAGACAGGUUUGAAACGAGAUU